GGGGAGGGAGAUGGCGGCUGUAAGGGAACGAAUGGCUGCAAGCAUUUGGAAUAAACACAACAAGAGAGGUAGACGUGCCGAGCUGGUCUGCACUGCCGCAGCACAGUCGUCCAGAAACAGACAUGGCGGAUAAGAAGGAGUGGGAUCAGAGUCAGCUAAGGAAAUACGACAUUCAGUUAGACGAAAUACCAAGAUUGAGUGUGAAGGAUCCCAAGGUUGAUGAAUUUAUCGCAGAUAAUAAGCCCGUAAUCAUAACAGAUACCAGACUUGUGGCAUCAGCGGAGAGAUGGGACCUGGAUUAUUUGGAACAGAAUAUGGGAAAUGGAGACUUUUCUGUUUUCCUUUCACGGAAUCAUAAGUUUAAAUACUUUGAUGACAAGAAAAUUUUACCAACAUCAGGAGAUUCCAGACUGGAUUUCACACCACCAACAAGAAGGGUAGAUAUGAAGUUACCAGAGUUUACACGUAAACUUCGCCAGUGGAGGAGAGGAGAAGAGAGAAUGUACCUGCAACAAGCAUUGAAUAAUACUGUGGGACCAGCAAUUGUACAAGAUUUUUUGAACUUCCGAUGGGAGUGGAUUAAUUCGAAACAGAAGAUGCACUCGUGGGGACCUUUAACAUCAAAUUUACUUCUCAUUGCUAUGGAAGGCAAUGUGACUCCCUGUCAUUAUGACGAGCAGCAGAACUUCUUUGCGGAAGUAAGAGGGUUCAAGCGGUGUAUUCUGUUCCCUCCGGAACAGUUCGAAUGCUUUUAUCCGCAUCCCGUGUACCACCCACAUGAUCGACAGAGUCAGGUGGACUUUGAAAGGCCAGAUUACACAAGAUUUCCCAAGUUCAGAGAAGCACGAGGACAAGAGGCCAUUGUGGGACCCGGCGAUGUCCUGUACAUUCCAAUAUAUUGGUGGCAUCACAUCGAGUCAAUAAUGAGAGGAGGUUACACGAUAUCAGUUAACUUUUGGUAUAAGGCCGGACCGACUGGUCAGAUUGUAUAUCCGCUGAAAGACCACCAGAAGGUAGCCAUCAUGCGAAAUGUGGAGAAGAUGUUGGUGGAGGCUUUGCAGGACCCACACGAAGUCGGUCCGCUUCUGAGGGCAUUGGUGCUGGGACGCUAUACAGACUGAACUAGGAAUGAAAUGAAGGUUUUUACAGCAGCAAGUAUGAAGAUGGCUGUCUUCUUAGUUGUUGAGCCUCGUACUCUGGCGUAUGAGUUUACUGAUGUUUCAGAGGUGCUUGGUACCUCUGACAUGUCAGUAAACUUCUACCAGACUACGUUAUGGAGCAUUCCAGAAAAUAGCCAUCUUAUAUUAGGGUAGUUUUGCAUCUGUGAACUUGACUUCAGUAUUAAAUUACCAUGAAAAGGAUUUACCAGACAGUAGCAUAUGCAUGGCAGCUGGAUCACAUGUAAGUUGCAUUGCAUGGAUGUUAAAUGUUAAGUUCUGUAAGCAGAUUAUUAUAUUUAAAGUUGGAUUUUAAAUAUUUUUUAUUCCAGUCACUUUAUCUUACUUUUGUCCAGGGGCAUGGCAGCCUAGGAGCUGCUGGGACUAAGCCUAAGUUUUUUAGAUAUCAAGAAAUGUAUAUUUGGUGUUGCAAUGGCGGACAGUGAAGAGCUGGUAGUAAUCGUGGAAAAAUGCCGUGUGGCUGAAUGAGGGUCAUUUGUAAGUAGCCCAUUUUUGGCGCGUUUUACUUUACAUGCCCAUCUCAGGUGGAAUAGUACCUUUAUAUAGAGAAAAGUAGAUAAAGGAAAUACCUUGGGCUACCCUGUCUACCGCAACUGGUUGUAGCCUCUGAGAGCACUUUUCACCAGCUGCUGCUGAUUCCCAUCAUGUAGCCUCUCUUCGAUUCAAGCCCGAAUGUUUCUUACGUCUGAAGUAAAAUAUUAGGGUGCACUGAUGAGAGGAAAGUGUGUUGUCAAAAUUAUUAUGGGAGAACAAAAGCGAUGAAAAUCACGUCGGAAGAAGGGGAUCAUAGUUCACUGCUUCGUCUGUGGAGUUUGAUAUUUCUGCCGGCAGUACGAUUAACAAAAGAAUAUGGAAUAAAAUUUAAGCAGACUAAAAUAAAGACAGGAAAUGUACACAUAGUGUAACAUUUGUCAUGUUUACCAAAAUACGGCCUUUGUAAAUGUCCAUUAUGUGGGUGGGCUGUCCAGGGGAGUAAACAUGAUAAUUGAGUAGCCAGUAAUUUUGUUGAGAAAAAUUUGGACGUUAUUGUUUUAGAAAUGUUUGGAGAUCUUCAUGUCUGAUUUUAACCACCAAUGAAGUAUGUUCACAUAUUUUAGUAAAACUUCUCAUGAUACUCUAUGAAAAUUUAUUCAGCUGUUCUUGAAAUGUCGUAUACAGACAGACGUAUGGCAAAGGUAAAAGGAGUAUUUUGUUUAUAUAUCACAUAUCUUUACAGCUUUGUCUUUUGUUUAUCGCCUUGAUGGUAAGAUUUUCUAAAAUAUAAUCACUAAGUAUUCCAAACAUUUCUGCAAAUCAUGCCACAGUGCAAAGUAAUCAAACGACAUGGAUCAAUUAGGUGGUUACUGUAGCUAAGCUAUUUUUUAAAUAUUGGUAAUUGUAAAGUUUUUAAGAUGUAAUACCUAUUGGCUAAGUAGCUUUAUCAGUAAAUUGACAGUCGGACUGCUGGGUUUCGAUUUCUGUGAGGGAUUUCCAGGAUAUUCCCUUUUAUCGCCACGUCCAAAAUGUUUCCUGCCGUAAUGACAAAGCCCUGAAGCUGACCUCUGACCACCAUUUAGUGCAGAUGUUAGGAAUGUGCAUUGUCUUACGUUCUGCUUCCCAUGGUAUGGUGCUUUGACCAUGUAAUGUGUAAUAGUGCGGGGAAAUGCAGGUUUCACAUCCAUAUUUGCCAACUUCAAAUUCUGGAGUGUUCACGAAUGUAAUGUUUAAUUAUUAUGUUACCAUAAACACAUUUUAAAGUGAGUUUAUUUUAUAAUGGUAUUUGUAGUUGAAUAAUUCUUAGAAUGAGUUGUAGCAUGAACUUAACAGAUAAAUAAUCAUUAAUGUCGGUGGAAUACUGAAGUGUAAAUAUUUUAAUAAUGCCAGUUGUCGUUCUGGCUAAGGGUCAUUGGAAACUUGGUACUGUUAACCACCAUCAACCCUGGUCUUAUCGUACGUAACUACUUUUGUAUAUGAUACUUUGUAGUGAGAGACAUAUCACAGUAUUUACUUGUUUUGUACAUAAUGGCCAACGAAGGUCGAAACAUUAAUUGUUCCUACUUGUCAUUUGCUGUGUGGUGUGAUAAUUGUAGUAAUUAAUAUAAUUAUUGUUUUUUUUUAAUUUAUGAACUACGAUUGGCCAUGUGUUUUACAUCAUGUUCUGUAUGUUUUGCAAAAUUUUAUUUUGAUAAGAUUUUCUUCUUAGAUUAUAUUAAGAUUAUAGCUACAUCUCUAAAAGUUUGGGUUUUGAAUCCAUUGUGUAUAUUUGUUUGUAUCAAGGAUACAUAGUGUACAUAAAGGAUUUGAAGUACAUAUGCUUCAGAAUGUAACUAUGUACAUGGAU